GGGGAGCGGCGGCCGUCGAUCCCACGCCACGAGGAUGCGAACAUGCUGUUUACAUCUAAAACGAGAACAUUAUGGUGAAGAAAAGGCAUUGCCAUGAUCAGUGUACUGCUUUCUUGGAGUCUCUGUAAAUCCUGCUGGUAGGAUACACACUGAGUAUAUAUUUUGCUUCAAAGACUACCAAGGAAAACUAUUUUGCGAAUGGGAUGAAUAUGCAGCCAUUGACUACUUACCAACUACAAUUUAGUGACUGAUUAACCAGCUGGAGCAUUUAACUAGUGAUGUUUCCAUUUUCACAUUAUCCCGUUUGAGUUUGCUUGUCUUGUUUAAAAAAAAUAAAAAAAAUUCAAAGUGGAGUACCGUAAACUUGAUAUGGAUGGUAAAAAGAAAGACAAGGACAAACCAGAUGAUAGAAUGGCACGGCCUAGUGGACGUUCAGGUCACAAUCCACGUGGCACUGGCUCUUCGAACUCUGGAGUGUUAAUGGUUGGACCUAACUUUAGAGUUGGCAAAAAAAUUGGAUGUGGUAAUUUUGGAGAACUCCGAUUAGGAAAAAAUUUGUACACAAAUGAAUAUGUGGCAAUUAAGCUGGAGCCAAUGAAAUCCAGAGCACCACAGCUACACUUGGAAUACAGAUUCUACAAGCAAUUAGGAUCUGGAGACGGUAUACCUCAGGUUUACUAUUUUGGCCCUUGUGGCAAAUAUAAUGCCAUGGUGCUAGAACUACUGGGACCUAGCUUGGAAGACCUAUUUGACCUGUGUGAUAGGACAUUUUCUCUUAAAACCGUUCUUAUGAUAGCUAUACAGUUGAUUUCUCGUAUGGAAUAUGUCCAUUCAAAGAACUUGAUAUACAGAGAUGUAAAACCUGAGAACUUCUUAAUAGGACGACCAGGAAACAAAACCCAGCAAAUUAUUCAUAUUAUAGAUUUUGGUUUGGCAAAGGAGUAUAUAGAUCCAGAAACAAAGAAGCACAUACCAUAUCGAGAACACAAGAGCCUUACAGGAACAGCUAGAUACAUGAGUAUAAAUACACAUUUAGGAAAAGAACAAAGUAGAAGAGAUGAUUUGGAAGCUUUAGGACAUAUGUUUAUGUAUUUUCUCAGAGGGAGCCUUCCAUGGCAAGGUUUAAAGGCUGAUACAUUAAAAGAACGUUAUCAGAAAAUUGGAGACACAAAACGAGCAACACCUAUCGAAGUAUUGUGUGAAAACUUUCCAGAGGAAAUGGCUACAUAUCUGCGUUAUGUAAGAAGGCUAGAUUUUUUUGAAAAACCAGACUAUGACUACUUAAGAAAACUCUUUACAGACUUAUUUGAUCGGAAGGGCUAUAUGUUUGAUUAUGAAUAUGACUGGAUUGGGAAACAGCUGCCUACUCCAGUGGGCUCAAUUCAUUCAGACCCCGCACUGUCAUCAAACAGAGAAGCACAUCAGCACAGAGAUAAGAUGCAACAAUCCAAAAAUCAGUCGGCAGACCACAGGGCAGCUUGGGACUCCCAGCAGGCCAACCCCCAUCACUUGAGAGCUCACCUUGCAGCUGACAGACAUGGUGGCUCGGUACAGGUUGUAAGCUCAACAAAUGGAGAAUUGAACACAGAUGACCCAACUGCAGGCCGUUCGAAUGCUCCUAUCACAGCCCCUACAGAAGUAGAAGUAAUGGAUGAAACAAACUGCCAGAAAGUGUUGAACAUGUGGUGCUGUUGUUUUUUCAAGCGAAGGAAAAGGAAAACUAUUCAACGCCACAAAUGACUCUGGAAGCAGGCAGAACAUGGGGAAUUACUUUCUUGUUCAUCUGCUGUCUUGUGAUUAAAACAAAAAAAUCAUUUCUGUAAU